AUGAAGAUAGUCAAAGCUGGUGUUGGACCACAUCUUCUCAUCCGCAGACGUCCGAUUCGGGUCGUAAAUUGUUCGAAAGAGUCGAUGUUCUUUGCCACACUCGUGUUAACGGGGACGCCAACUCCACCAACACCUCUACUGUCGCAUGUUCCUAAGAACAGAUCUUCUCCAGUUAUAUAUCUUCUCAUAUACGGCGCUGAGAGGGUGACGUUGUCUCGUCUCGGUCAGUCCGAUGACGUCGUACUUGAUCUUCUUGGCUUGCAUCAUCAGAUCUUCGAUGGCCCCUUCCGAUGCAAGCGAGGAAAAGUUGUGGCUGCAAUGGCGUCAGUGUGUGGUAUCAUUGUUCUCGCUUUCCCCAUCUCAAUGAUCAUCGACAAGUUUGCCGAAUCUACAGGUGUGUGGAACGAAGACGAACCGGAGAAGCCGAAGAAAACGAAAGGCAAACGCUCUUUCUUCUGA